UGCACCCCUGACACCCACCAUCCUCCACACACACAAUUAAAAAAAAUUUUCCAGCACUCGGUUUCCUCUAGAGAAGGCAGAAAGAGAAGCAAAGGCAGACAUGGGACGAGGAGGGAGGAAACUCGUGCCUCAUCGGAGCCACCAGUUUUCCGGAGAGCGCGGCAGCCCCCACCUGCCUGUGGACUGACCACUUCAAGGUUUCCCAGCACCCCAGGCCACCCAGAUGAUGUGGGAUGGAUGUGCCAGAACUCGCCUGUCCUACCUCGCCUGCCAGGGACCAGCCGGCACCUGCUUCUGGCCCCCCAGGGGCCCCGGGUGGGCAGGCAUCGCCUCACUUGACCCUGGGCCCCGUUAUCCUGUCUCGGGAGCAGGGCCUGGCCCCCACCGUGUUCCUGAAGGCUCUGCCCAUCCCGCUGUACCACACAGUGCCUCCGGGAGGGCUCCAGCCACGUGCUCCCCUCGUGACAGGCAGUCUGGACGGAGGCAGCCUGCCCUUCCUUCUCGGCCCCCUGCUGCAGCCUGAAGGGCUUGGUCCCACCCGAGCAGGGAAGCCGGUGGCCCCGGGGUUCACGGUGAACAUAGUGGGUGCUCUGCCCAUCCUGUCACCGGGCCUGGGGCCCGCUCUGGGCAGCCCAGGCAAGGUGCGCAACGCUGGCAGGUACCUGUGCCCACACUGCGGCCGGGACUGCCUGAAGCCCAGCGUUCUGGAGAAGCACAUUCGGUCCCACACAGGGGAGCGGCCCUUCCCCUGUGCCACCUGCGGCAUUGCCUUUAAGACCCAGAGCAACUUAUACAAGCACAGACGGACCCAGACACACCUCAACAACUCCAGACUCUCUUCGGAGUCUGACGGUGGAGGGAGCAACCUCCUAGAGGAAGGCGAAAAGGCUGCUGAGCCCACGGGGGCCGACCGGGCGCUAUCACAAAGACCCCUUUCUCCCGGCACCCACGCCACUGGGCACUGCCCAGUGCCCACCGUGCAUGUGUCCCUGGUUGCCAAGAACCUGGAUCGGAAGCUGGAUGCUGUUCCCUGUCGGGGGUCCACGUUGGAUAUCAAGGAGGCCCCUGUAGACUCUGCUCCUGGGCUCCCGCUGGCCAGCCCGCAGUCGAGGUGGAAGCUGCCAGAGCCUCGGUCCCCCACGGCCAAUAGGCCGAGCUCAGCGCUUCAGCAACAGCAGGUGGAGAAGCCUGGAGACGCCAAGCCCUCGGAGGGCCGGCUGCGGAAGUGCGAGAGCACCGACUCGGGCUACCUGUCCCGUUCGGACAGCGCGGAGCAGCCGCCGGCCGCCGGCAGCCCCCUGCACAGCCUGUCGGAGCACAGCGCCGAGUCCGAGGGCGAGGGCGGCCCCGGGCCCGGGCGCGCGGAGCGGGUGGCUGGUCUGGAGCUGGAGAAAAGGCGGCUGGAGGAACGCAUCGCCAGGCUCAUCUCGCACAACCAGGCCGUGGUGGACGACCCCCAGCUGGCCCACGUGCGGCCCCGCAAGACGGUCCUGUCCAAGCAGGGCAGCAUUGACCUGCCCAUGCCUUAUACCUACAAGGACUCCUUCCACUUCGAUCUGCGGCCGCCGGGACCCGGGAGGCUGCCGGCCGCCCUGCGUGCCGCGCGCUCCACCUGCAUGCCCCCGGACAGGGCACGCCCCCUCUUCUUCCACUCGGUCCCCACGCAGCUCUCCACUGGCACCGAUUGUGUGCCAGUCACCAGGAGCAACUCACUGCCCUUCGUCGAGGGCACCGGGACAUGGCCGGAGCCGCCGGAACCCCGGGACGCCUGGCCCCGGAGGCAGAAACCUCUGAGCCCCAGGCCCACCCCCGCCCGCCCAGCUGAUGCCCCCGGCGGGCACCCUCGGGCUCUGGUCAGACAGGCGGCGGUGGAGGACCUGCCGUGCCCCCUGACCUCAGAUGCCCUGGCCCCCGCGGAGGACCCAGAGGGAAAGAGACCAGCUGCUGAAGAGGGGUCUGCCAGCAAGGGCCAGGCAGCUGCUAAGAAACGCGGCCAGAGGAAGCUGAAGAUGUUCUCACAGGAGAAGUGGCAAGUGUAUGGGAAGGACACGUUCAAGAGCAUCUACCAGAGAGCGAAAGCCAGUCACCGUGGAGGCAGAAAGGCUACCGAGGUGACAGUGGGCGGUGGGGCAGCGCUGGAACGUCCUCUCCAGCAAGAGGCCGUGGGUGGUGGGGACACUGUUGUGGGGGCCAAGCCAGGGCCGUGGGCAAGUCCACCAGUCCUGGCAGGCCUCUUGGUGACUGAGCCCCAUAAGCAGAGGGAGACAGUGGCCGGAACAGGAGGCCCUGACCAGCUGGGCUCUAACAGGGCCGUCUCACCUCCCACCCUCAGCAGUGGAGAAGCCCUCUGUUUGGACAGCAAGAGCCCUCUGCUUCCUCCACAUGAGGGCCCGGAGCUGGAGUGUCAGCAGCUCCCAGCACCUGGUCCCCCCAAAGGGGGUGACCUAGAGGCUCCCAGGCCAGACUCCAAGCUGGAAGGCGGCACCUGCGGUGGUGAGGGCACCAGGGAAACCUGUCAGCAGGCCCAUGUGGUCCCAAGAGGGCCUGGCGGGAGCUCAGGAGAGCCCAAGGCCCUGGAGGACAAGCUCCCCUCAGAGAGGAAGAAGCUGAAGGUGGAGGAGCUAAGCUGCCAGGAGCUCCUGGGAGCAGGAGGAGAGACUCCUGGUGGCCCCAUGCAGACUGCCUCACCACCACCUCAGAACCAGGACACUGACCCUGGGGAAAAGCCAGGGGGGCUGCCUGGAAGUGGCAACUCCACAGAGAGGGUCAUAUCUGGGGCCCUGAGGUGGGAGGGUCCUCAAGACACGGAGCCUCCACCACGUCCCCCUGGGUGUCCCUCCCAGCUGGCCUCCCACCCUCCGGCUCCUCACACCCUCACUGACUCGGUGGACAUGGUCUUUCCUCCCCAAUACCUCCUCAGGUUUCCCCAGAGAGAUACCCGCCCCCUGUCGCCUGUCCCCCAGAAGCUGGACCAAGACCAGGACUCUGUCUGCAAGAGAGGGGGGCCUGAGGUACAGACAUCCUUUGCCGAGUCAGGGCAGGGGGCCCUCCUGCCUCCCUGUCCUGUCUCAGGCCAGGCCCCAGCUGGAGAAGACAGCUGCUGGAAACAUCCCAGCUGGUCCAGGUCAUGUGACCAGAGGAAGGGACUACAGAGAGAGGAGAGGGGCGGCUUGAAUGCUGGUAUACCAACAGCCAGGGCCCUCAAGGGGUCAGCCUCCUUCUUGCCUGCCCCAAUGUGUGAAUCCUGGAGGAGUGGGACCCAUGACACCCAAGAAAUCUCCAGGAGCAACACUGUGUCGAGGGCCGGGCCCUCUGGGGGUGUCCUCAAUUCCUGGGAACCCACUGGAGAGCUGGGGGCACCUUCUGAGAGUGCCACUCAAGCCCCUCCUUCAGGGUCUCUAGCGGAGCUUAGUCCCUGCUGCUCCCACCAGGCUGGCUCCUCUCUCUCGGCCAGCAUGGCCCUCCACUGGCCUGAGUUGGCCUUGCGCACCAAUGCAGAGCCUGCCAGGAGCCGCGGGGUCCAGGGCUCUUUUCCAUCGCUGAGGGCCGAGCCCCGGCUCACGUGGUGUUGCCUGAGCCGCAGCCUCCCCCUGCCAAUGGAGCAGAAGGAGAAGGAUGCUUCUGUGUACCUGGGCUUACAUUUGCCUGGAGGUGGCCUCCAGGGUGAGGGUCCGGACGCCUGGCUGGUGAGCAAAACAGUGUCUGGAGCAUGGACCAGGAUACGCCCUGGAGAUGGAGGGCAGAUGCAGAUGUCGAAGCUCUCUGACCCAACAGCCCGAGGGAUGCUGUCCCGGGACCGGGUGUCUGAGCCAGAGUGGAAGAAACGACGGUCUCGUAGAAGAGCGAAGAUGCCUCGUGGGAGCAGCAGGUGGAAACAUCUGAGCACCCACUCUAAAAGGUACAGAGGGAAUUUCUUGCAGAGCCGUGUCCAGCUGAGAGUCACUAGACUACGGAAGCCACACUGGGUUCUGAGAAAAGAUGGCCACCCACCCCGAGCCAAGGGGCCGGACCCAUGCAGGACCCAAGGGCAGGCUUCUUCAGAAAUGGCAGGUGUGAAUCCGUCAGGGGAGCCCUCUUGUGUCACCUCAGAAUCAUCUGUUUGCAUUGAGAACAGAGAGCAGGAGGAAGAGGAGAGCAGACACGUCUCCAGGAGUUUUUGUCCUAACACAAGCUUAAGAACCAUCGGGGAUACAGACAGACCGAUCACAAAGGAGAUUUCAUCUGCUGGCGAGCAUGGGGCUGGUUGUCCUCUAAUCACGGCUGUGGGGUCAGGUUUAUCUCUGCCAUCUGACUCCUUGGGGGCUGACAGCCUUCCAGCCCACAGCAAAGGUCUCGACGUGGGAUCAUUGGAGACUCACCUGCUGCCGUCCCAGCAGCACAUCUCAAUAGACCCCACACCAUGCGUUUUCUCAGAUGCUCAAGAGCCUUCUUCCUUUGUGUCCAAAGGAACCUCUCUCGGCCAUGACCUUGCUACCUCUGCAGCUGCCGUCUGUCCUUCCCUGGGGGCAAGAGCAGGCCACACAACCCUGGGAAUUCACAGUGUGGAACCACAAGACCACAGCCAGGGUGAAGAGGAGACUCUCGCACAAAGCUCUCCAGACAGAAAAACGAUAGCAGAGGGUGUGUCCCCAAACCUUUUGCCAGGGAAGCCUUCAUCUGGGCAGAGAAUUUCAGGUUCAGUUACACCAGGGUCCACUGGAAAAAUUCAUCUUGAAAUACCAGCUUUAGGACCAGGUUCAGCUAGUUCACACCAAGAGGAAGGGAAACACAAGUCAUGUUUUCCUUCUGGGGGGCAAUGUGGGUGUAGGGAAGGGCUGGUCCCCUGCCCUCUGGUAGAACCUGACAGUGUGAAAUGUCAAGGAACUGGAUUCACGGCUCUAAAGGAUGAUGCUGUCCCUUCUAACCCAGGGCUGCCCACGGAGAUCCCUGCAGCCUCUUUGAAAACCCUCAGGAAGAGGAGUUUGGAAGGAAUGAGAAAGCAAACUCGUGUGGAGUCCAGCGACACCAGCAGCGAUGAUGAAGAUCGGUUAGUGAUAGAAAUCUGACGCUUCCAGAGAAAGACGGUGUCUGUCGUCAAAGAUGGUUGAUGCUUUGCAGUCAAUGCCAUCAAGUGGGCGGCAGAAAUGAACUCUAUUCAUGAAGCCCCUGCAGAGAGGAAAGCCAUCUGGGGGUCUUUCUAAGAUGUCCCCAACCCACUCUGAAACCCAAGCUCAGCCUCACUCCUCUCCAGAUGCCCUGCUCACAAGGUGCCAGCAGGGCAAAGGUGGCAGUGAAACAAAGUGUAAGAAGGGUUGACCUGCAUGAGGACUGUCGCUUGACUCCUAGCUGCGUCCUCUGCUUUGGUUCCUCACUGCCUCACCCAGGAAACUGGCAUUGACCCAGACAGCCACAAUUGACUUGCUUCUGAACCAGGGUCAAGGUGACAGGUCUCCUCCAUCAGUGAGCUUGGGGUUGGCUUCAAAGAGGGUAAUGGUACUUGGGAAAGUUGGGGGAGCCUGCAAAGGAGCUGGGCAGUGAGAUACUUCUGCUCAUUCUGGAUUCUUCCCAAAACUGAAGUUUGGGCUCAGUAAUUUGCCUCCUUAGUGGAAGUUGUAAAUACACUUCAAAAUGCCUAUGAUCUGAUGAAAUACCGAGUGUCUCUCAAUGUUGCACACAUGGUCAAUGCUUAUGUGUGAUUCAAUGACACAGCAUGUUUCGCUUGUGUUCCUGGUGCCUUUUCUGUGGAGACCUCUGGAGCCCUUGGUUUUUCCAGCUCUUGCAAAAGGAACAUUGUGUUAAAAGUUGAUAGAACAGUCUCUGUAAUGAGUCAUUUUUGAGGGGGAAAAUUCACUUGUUUUCCUCCAAUUCUCUCUGUCAUAUUGUGCUCUGAGCAAUUUCAAUUAGAGGGUUACAUUUUAGUAAUCUCUGCAGCUUAAAUUGAUGCCUGCUCAUCGUGAUGGGAGCCUUUCAGAUUUCCUCCAGAAGCUUCAAGGUUACAAAACUAAUUGGAGUUUUGACGCUGUUUUACAUCUUGGUAAUUUUAUUUUGGGGGCUUGGUGUUACUUUGCUGUCAAAUUAAAUCAGCCUCUGUAUUGUGCAAGUCAGAAGAGCACAGAGAAAAUUCCCCAGGAUUCCAAGCCUGUGCACCGCUGUGCAGAAGAAAAUAGCUGAUAUACAUCAGCGGUGAGCAAAGCCUCCAAGUUACCACACUCUUCUCCUCUUUAAAUGGGACAGGAGAAACUUCAGGAGAUUCACACUGCUGCAUUUCAAUAAAAUUUUAUACUUGCUUUUGGUAUGAUUUUGUACCAUUUGGAAUUUAUAGCCCAGCUCUUUUGGCUUCACUUUGAUGUAAGGAUGUUCCUACGACAUAGUUCAAACGCAACGCGAAACAUCUCGCACGGUACGAAGAUGCUUUAAUACAUCCUUGUCUGUGAUAAGGACGGUCAGAUUUCAAGAGUCUUCAAGUGAAGUUUCCAAUUUUAGGGUUGUUUAUACAGAAACUCUGUGGUAGGGUCAGCUUCUCCCAGUGACUUAGCUUAUGUCUGUGGUCAUUUCAGAUGCGCUUAGACAUAGCCUAGUGUUUUCAAGUCCAGUCAAGGAAAACUUAAGAAGGAAGCUAGGCGUUUGCUUCCUGUACUUUCUAAACCAAACAAAAGUGAUACAAUUAUCUACCCUUUGAUUUAUCCUUGCCACUGUAGAGAAAGAAGGUCUAGCAAAGUGUUCUGAGUCCUGGAGGAAGAGGGAGAGAAGGCCUGACCUUGCGCAGAGCUGGCUAGGGAAUCCUGGUGAAGACUUACACCCUUUCGGCACCUUUUUCUCCUUCUGGGAAGAAGAGAGUAUGACUAGAUGCACUGAAUGCUGCUCUGGGCCCUGAUUCUCAUGAGCGUGGCUUGGAGGAGGGCCUCAUGAGGAGUAGUCUUGCACCCAAGAAGUUUGGGAGGGGGAUGUGGGGAACUAAACCCAAUUAUUAUUUUUUUGAAGAAUGUGGACUCAGGGAAGCUCUUCUAAUUUUUUCCCCAGAGUUCCAGGUUUAGGGGGGUGCAGUCAACCUAUUUCUAAAUGGUGGCUUAUGAUGUAAAAAUUAGAAGCAAAGACAGAACACUACUGUGUAGGAGGAAGCCAGCAUAUCUCUAGGAUGAGCUAGUUACUUUGUCUUGGGAGGCACUGGUCAGGUGGGAAAACUAUGGUCUAGACCCUUCUUUCCUGGGUGGUUGCUGAGUUGCUGGCUGCAUCACUGUGCUGAGGUCAGUACAUCACAGCUCCCAAUAGCACGACUUCAGGAGAAUCAGGUGGGAGCUUGAUCCUUCUACAACCCAUCAUUGCUGGCUGCCACAUCCCAAGCUCCAUCAAACAUGGCAGAAUGCUGAUUCCAUCGCUAACUCUCUGUGCCUCUCAUACAAAGGUGAGCAGGUCACCAAUUUUCUUCUCUCUGAUGGUCUUUUUAGCUAGUUGGUGGCAAUGUUUACAAGUGUACCUUACUUCAUAUCAACAUGAAUUUGUGAAAAGCUGUAUUUGAGUGGAUUAAAAAAAAAUUAAAAAAAUGUAGUUUGAAUGACCCUAGAGGACUUGGCUCUUGAAAAUCAUCCCAAGGUAAAUAUUUUUUUAAUGAAAAAUUCUUUUAUAAAGCAACAGACAAUCUCUGAUUUUAUAAGUCUUAAUUUUCUCAAGUUCUUAAGGAUUUUCUUAAAGUGAACUGCAACUAUAGGGGUACAUUUUAAGGAUAUUAUUGGUGAAAUAUAACCCAGUUAGGGUUAUCGAAAAUAAAAUUUCAGGAUUAUUGAUUGGUCAUUGCUGCUAUGACUGUACAAGUGUGUGCUGUGGAAUGGUUAAGGGAAAGCAAAUUUAUUUUAGAACGGGGCAAAAUGGAGUCUAAAAAUCAGGGAUUCCCCAUUCUUCCCAGUGCUGUUAAUUUCACUGUAGCUUGAGGUAAGGGUCUUAACCAAUGGGUGUCUCAGCUUCUCCCACAGAGAAUAACUCCCAGGAUGCUGUCAUAGACAAAGAUAAAGUGCACUUGGAAUUCUUUCCUAUUCUCUUGGAGUGAGG